GUCCAUUUCGUUAACUGUCUAUGUAACGGAUGUAGUCUCGGUGUCAUAGCAACCUGCAACAUUUGUCUACCUGUAACCGUCAGUUCUGCGCUUGAGAAACUCCCUCUCCUACUCAAGUUAGCUUAAAUCACCUACAAUGUAACUGUUUAUAAAAAGUAUAUAGCUGAAGUUACGUUACAUCAUGUGGUAAAAGAUGACUCAUCGGUCACGUUUAAGGUGAAGUAAUAGGCGUUAUAUUUGCUGGCGGCAACACAACGGUUAAGGUAACGUUCCUCAAACCAAAGAUGGUGAUCGAAAAGCUCAGUUUAACUUGUGAUAGACUUCUGUCACACCGACAGCUCGCAUGUUGUCAAUCGUUUUGUGGUAUACCACUGGCCGGCACGAAAAUGCAGAUUUACACUAAUACGGACAUUGAGCAUAAGCCACUGUUGUUAACUGGCCACCACGGUGAGAUCAGUGCGAUGACCUUUGGAAAAGGAAGCAGACCUGUUCUCCUCUGCUCUGCCUCUGCCGACUACAUCAUUGUCUGGGAUAUUGAACUCUGUCAGAAGAGAACAAAGGAGGGUAAAGUAGCAGCUGGAACCGUUAUCGGGUCUUUACUGGGGGAAGUCGUCUAUCUUUCUUUCUGUUUCUCUGACGAACGAGUGGCUGCAUGCUCGGGAGCAACUGUGUAUAUUCUCAGCUCAAAGAGACAUGAAGUGAUCUCUACCUUGACCAGCCACCUCAGACCUUUAACAUCAGCGGAGUUCUGCCCUUGGGAUAAAGACAUUCUUGUCACCACAUCAGAGGACCGCACUUUUAAGGUGUGGGAUUUGAAAACGGAAGCUGUUUGCUACCAGUCUUUUGUGCUUUCAGCCUCUCCACUGCUUAGUGUGUUCUUCUUGGAGGAGAACAGGCACCUUAUCACUGGCUCAACCGAUGGACAGCUGUGGUGCUUUUCUCUCACUGAUGACCACAAGUGUCACCUUGUUACCAAAAUGGACCUUCAGAAGAUGGAAAAAAGACAUCAAAUGCGCCGAGGGACUGUGAGCGAUCAAGCAGGGCUCACAGAAAAAUCAGCUGUAGAUGAAGUGGAGAUUUCCAAACCUGUCCUGGGUGUAUGUAGCUCAUUCGUUGACACCGGUAUUGAGCAUAAAAAGGACCACAGCUGGUUAUUUAUUGGAAGCUCUGAUUGCCUGUACGUGGUGGAUCUGGCUACCUCGGAACUCCUAAAAGCACUAUACUUCAAGGAUUACCCCAACUUGAGCGUCACAAUGGCUGGGUCGUGGUCAAUCGCUCCAGGGUGGGAUAACUCUAUGGUGUUUUUAGUGAGCUCUUUGUUCACUCCAUGUGUGGUCCUGUUGGACUUACGUCUGUGUGACCUAGAGAGGACCUGGGCUUGUGGUGAAGGCUUUUCGGUGUUCCCGAGUUCUCCUCUACUGCUUGAAUCUCCUCUAAAUGCCGAGCUAAAGAAGAAGAAGAAGCCCGAGCAUCCUAAAAAGAAAGGAGGAAUAAAGGAGCAGCCUCUGGUUUUCCACUCGAAAGUGAAGUCAUCUGGAUAUACUAGUGCCCCAAGAAAUAUUAUGUUUUCACCUAAAACAAACAUCCAGAAGAAUCCAUCCUCUAAAACAGCUAACAAAAAUAUAGGUUUACUCCUCAGAGAUUAUCCAGCAGACAGCGCAGCUCCUACUAUUCCACACAUGCAUCUUAGCAUUGUCAACAAGCCAGUCCACUGCCUUCAAUAUUCAGGUGACGGAAAACAAGUCCUGUGUGGUCUUGGCGACAGCUCAGUGUUUUUGUACAAGUCUUCUCUUGCUGGCAAUCCAACUGUCUACACAGGGCAUGACAAGCCAGUGAGCAGUGUGAGCUGGAGCCUCAACAGACAGUGGUGGUUGAGUGCGUCAGAAGACCAGUCUCUACGAAUUUGGACCCAUGGCAGCCCAGAGCCGGCUAUUAUCAUGGGUGACAGUUUGUUCUCAAAACCCAUUAGAAGUGCUCAGUUUUAUUACCUCGACAAAUUUCUUCUUAUGGCAUCUGGACCCUCUCUCUACUUGUACCUAUAUAAUGUGGAUAUCACACAUGAUGACAUAAAAAGAUAUCAGCAGCGGAGUCUCAUCAAAUUGGCAAGAUGCAUUACAACAACAUCAGCAACAGACAUCACUGCCUUGUCUUCAAUCAAUGAUUUCUUCUCUUAUAUCGUUCUGGUGUGUGGUUCAGAUCGGUCCAUUCAAGUAUUUGACAUGAACAGCGGUACAGUUGCCGCAGCGCUCCCUGAUGCCCACAGCAGAGCCGUCCACUGCAUCACACAGAACAAGGGCUCCAUGUUUAGCACACAAGCGCCUGAUUCGUACAACCUCUUCCUUACCAGUGCAGUCACAGAUGGUGUGAAGAUUUGGGACCUCCGUACACUGAGGUGUGUACGGCGUUAUGAGAACCAUCUAAACCGCUGCCAUCCAUGCUCUUCAGCCAUCUCACCAUGUGGGCGCUUCAUUGCCUCAGGCUCUGAGGAUAACUGUGCCUACGUGUAUGACAUCCGUAGCAGCAGGUACCUGCACAGACUUAAAAAACACUCAGACACAGUGCUCAGUGUGACGUUCAACCCUGCCACACCAGAGUUGCUAACUGGGACACUGGAUGGGAAGCUGCGAUUGUUUCAGUCCAGCAGUGGGGCCCUUCUGUCUCAGGACACCAGUGCUGCUGUGGACAGAAUCUCCCACACGACUGCAUAAUUACAUCAGGCUGCUGCAAAGAUCAUGCAGGUUUCAUUAAAGCAGUUCCAGCCCCUGGCUAGAGUUUUACUGGGAAAGAAGAGAGUAAGGGUUUUGUUUUUAGUUCUUGGUUAAAUCAAGACCAAAAAUAGACAAGUUUAAAGAGGUUUUGUUUUCUUGUUAUAUGUGCCUGUGGUGUUCUUUUAAUACUGUGCUUCAAAUUGUAAAAAGGAGCCAUCCAUUUAAGCUCAGUCAUCUUUGUCAAACUUCCUGUACGUACAUCAUUAUGAUCACUUUUCUUUGACUGGGAUUCAAAGGGAUAUGAGUGAAAAUAUUUCAUCAAAUUCAUUUAAUCACAUUAUUGUAAUGCAAUGAGGUGAUACAUACUUAAUCACAGAUAAGAACAGCUUAGUUUGCCAAAAACAAUUUUAUCAGCUGUUAUUCCCAUCCAUCCGACCACGUUCUGCAUGAUCAAGCAUCAGAUUUUCCUUGUUCAGUAUGUGGAACAGAUGUACUUCUAUAUCACUGGCUGUGACUACUUAACAGAUCAGCACACAGAGCUAUGACAUCAACUGGGUGCAACCUCUUUGGCUGCCAGACACACAGAUGCUACUACUGUUUAUACUGACACACCCAUCAGCAUUGUUUGAGCUAUACAUUUACUCUUCUCACCCACUGUUGCAACAAAAUGUCAGCUACAACUGACUACAACUGUAACAGAAUAAAAAAUGAGGGCUCUGACACUGAAAUUUAGGAUUUAAAAAGGCUUAAUCAUUAAUUAUAUGAAUGUCAAGUAUAAAUAAAUUGUUAGAUCAUUGUAACAUGCCUGUGGAACUUAUUUAUUGCAUCUGUUUUCUGGAC